AUGUUAGAGGCACGACUCGAGCAGGCCCAGAUCCUGAAAAAGGUGGUUGAUUCUAUCAAGGAUCUGGUGCAGGAUUGUAACUUCGACUGCAAUGACUCGGGUAUCGCGCUGCAGGCCAUGGACAACUCUCACGUCGCCCUUGUGUCGAUGAUGCUGAAGGCCGAAGGUUUCUCUCCUUACCGCUGCGACCGCAAUAUUGCCCUCGGUGUAAAUCUCGUCUCCCUCACGAAAGUUCUACGUGCAGCACAGAACGAAGAUAUCCUCACAUUAAAGGCUGAAGAUGCGCCUGAUUCCCUUAAUCUCGUCUUCGAGAGCAGCGAGAACGACCGUAUCAGCGAAUACGACUUGAAGCUCAUGGAUAUCGACCAGGAGCACUUGGGUAUUCCCGAAACGGAGUAUGCUGCGACUAUCUCUAUGCCCUCGUCUGAGUUCAGACGUAUCUGCACGGAUUUGAUGGCUAUGUCUGAAUCUGUGACGAUCGAUGCUACCAAGGACGGAGUCAAAUUCUCCUGCAACGGUGAUAUCGGUAACGGUGCCGUUACGCUUCGAAGCCACCAGAACGUCGACAAGCCCGAACUCAACAUCGAUAUUGAGCUCACCGAGCCGGUCGGCCUUACCUUCUCCCUCAAGUACCUAGUCAACUUCUGCAAAGCCCAAGCUCUAUCCAGCACCGUCAAGAUCUGCUUAUCCAACGAGGUACCUCUUCUAGUGGAGUAUGGAUUGGCCGGCAGCAGUUACUUGAGGUUCUACCUCGCUCCCAAGAUUGGUGACGAAGAGUAA